AUUUGGGCGGAGGUCAUCACACAAAAUCUUCAGUACUGGCGCUGCCUGUUAAAGUGAAAUAAAAGUAUAACAUUCUGAGUGGAAGAAUUUAUAAUUCCAGAUCUCAUUGAAAUCAAUAUCUAGAGACAAGGGUCAACUAGAACAGAGAACGGUUAUAAAGGCAGGCGUAGGCGUCUCCGUUGCGCAGCGACGUAGAAGCUAUUAACUCAGAAAUUACGACAUAACGUUAUAGCGUAAUUAAGCCCGUUUCCGAUACACCAAAUCAAAGAUACCCCACUCUUCUUCACUAUGGACAACUUGAUACCUAUUGUUAACAAGCUGCAAGAUGCGUUCACAUCGCUCGGCGUUCACAUGCAAUUGGAUUUGCCGCAGAUUGCCGUUGUUGGUGGUCAAUCGGCAGGAAAGAGUUCCGUGCUGGAAAACUUCGUGGGCAAAGAUUUUUUACCUCGCGGAUCCGGUAUUGUCACUCGAAGGCCUUUGAUUUUACAACUGAUCCACGGAGUUACCGAAUAUGGAGAAUUUCUUCAUUGCAAGGGGAAAAAGUUUGCAAAUUUUGAUGAGAUCAGAAAGGAAAUCGAGGAUGAAACGGAUCGUGUUACUGGUAGUAACAAAGGCAUCUCAAACAUUCCCAUUAAUUUGCGCGUUUAUUCGCCUCACGUACUCAACCUAACACUGAUUGAUUUGCCAGGUUUAACCAAAGUUGCAAUUGGUGACCAACCUGUGGACAUUGAGCAGCAAAUUAAGCAAAUGAUAUUCCAGUUUAUUCGCAAAGAGACAUGUCUUAUACUGGCCGUGACACCAGCUAACACCGAUCUGGCCAACUCAGAUGCUCUCAAGCUGGCCAAAGAGGUGGAUCCACAGGGUGUGCGGACCAUUGGUGUGAUAACAAAACUAGAUCUCAUGGACGAAGGGACAGAUGCGCGCGAUAUUCUCGAAAAUAAGCUGCUUCCCCUGCGGCGCGGCUAUAUUGGUGUUGUCAAUCGUUCACAGAAGGAUAUAGAGGGGCGCAAAGACAUUCACCAAGCGUUGGCCGCUGAGCGCAAGUUCUUCCUAAGCCACGCUUCAUAUCGUCACAUGGCUGAUCGACUAGGCACUCCAUACUUACAGCGAGUUCUUAAUCAGCAGCUCACCAAUCAUAUACGCGACACAUUACCUGGAUUGCGUGAUAAAUUGCAGAAGCAGAUGCUAACCUUGGAGAAGGAGGUCGAGGAGUUCAAGCACUUCCAACCAGGCGAUGCCAGCAUUAAGACAAAGGCUAUGCUCCAAAUGAUACAGCAGCUACAGUCUGACUUCGAACGGACUAUUGAAGGCAGUGGAUCGGCUUUGGUCAAUACAAACGAGCUCUCUGGUGGUGCCAAGAUCAAUCGCAUCUUUCACGAGCGUCUACGCUUCGAGAUUGUUAAGAUGGCCUGUGACGAAAAAGAAUUGCGGCGAGAGAUUUCAUUCGCCAUUCGGAAUAUUCACGGUAUUCGUGUCGGUCUUUUCACCCCGGAUAUGGCUUUUGAGGCUAUUGUGAAGCGACAAAUAGCACUCCUCAAGGAACCGGUAAUCAAGUGCGUAGAUCUCGUUGUUCAAGAACUUUCAGUUGUUGUGCGCAUGUGCACCGCUAAGAUGGGUCGGUACCCACGCUUGCGUGAGGAAACGGAACGCAUUAUUACGACACACGUACGUCAACGCGAGCAUAGUUGCAAAGAGCAAAUUCUCCUUCUAAUCGAUUUUGAGCUGGCUUACAUGAAUACUAAUCACGAGGACUUUAUUGGUUUUGCUAAUGCUCAGAAUAAAUCUGAGAACGCAAAUAAAACAGGCACUCGUCAGCUUGGCAAUCAAGUUAUAAGAAAGGGCCACAUGGUGAUACAGAACCUUGGCAUAAUGAAAGGCGGUUCGCGUCCUUACUGGUUUGUGUUAACAUCUGAGAGCAUCUCCUGGUACAAAGAUGAGGAUGAAAAAGAAAAGAAAUUCAUGUUGCCAUUGGAUGGUUUAAAAUUGCGCGAUAUUGAACAGGGCUUUAUGUCAAUGUCUAGACGUGUUACCUUUGCUUUAUUCAGUCCUGACGGGCGCAAUGUUUAUAAGGACUAUAAACAACUGGAACUGUCCUGCGAAACGGUCGAAGACGUGGAGUCGUGGAAGGCUUCUUUCUUGAGAGCUGGUGUUUAUCCCGAGAAACAAGAGACCCAGGAAAAUGGGGACGAGGAAGGACAAGAGCAAAAAUCUACCAGUGAGGAAAGCUCCUCCGAUCCCCAGUUGGAACGUCAGGUCGAAACCAUACGCAAUCUAGUUGACUCGUAUAUGAAGAUCGUUACAAAGACAACGCGGGAUAUGGUGCCCAAGGCAAUUAUGAUGCUCAUCAUUAAUAAUGCCAAGGACUUUAUCAACGGAGAGCUUUUGGCUCAUCUUUAUGCGUCUGGUGAUCAGGCACAAAUGAUGGAAGAGUCAGCUGAGUCAGCAACAAGACGAGAGGAAAUGUUGCGCAUGUAUCGUGCCUGUAAAGAUGCCUUGCAAAUUAUAGGGGACGUGUCCAUGGCAACUGUGUCAUCGCCAUUGCCGCCCCCGGUUAAAAAUGAUUGGUUGCCCAGUGGAUUGGAUAAUCCACGUCUGUCCCCACCAAGUCCGGGUGGUCCCCGUAAACCAGCACCCACCGCACAGGGCUCAUUGGGUGGGCGGAAUCCCCCAUUACCACCGGCAACUGGACGCCCAGCGCCAGCUAUUCCCAAUCGCCCAGGAGGUGGUGCACCACCACUACCUGGUGGUCGACCAGGAGGCGCACUCCCUCCUCCAAUGCUACCUUCUCGUGUCACUGGAGCAGUCGGCGGUGCCAUCACACAGCAGGCUGGGGCCAAUCGCUAUGUACCGGAGCACAUGCGAGGACAAGUAAAUCAAGCCGUAGGCCAGGCAGCCAUUAAUGAGCUUUCCAAUGUUUUUUCCUCCCGAUUUAAGUAA